GCACGCCCACCGAUUUCCGAGAACACUGGACCCUGCUGAGCUGAGAGGCUAGCGUAUCGAUCCGCAGCGAGGCCUCGCAUCGCAUCGCAUCGCAUGGGCGUCGUACAUCAUCUGCGCGAGCGCUCAGUGAUGAUGCGGAUAUCUGUCGCCGGCUCGCGCUGAAUCUGAUCCCGUCGCGCGUUGAAUUUGAUGUUUGACCACUUUGCCCUUUUUCCUCGGAGGAGAGAAAGAGAUGGGAUCAGGUGCUGUGGAUUCCUCCCAGUGGCUGUCAGUGAAGGAAGAGACUAUUUUCCUUCACGAUGGACUAAUUCGGGUCACGGACCUGGCAGAGCUGCCCAGCGAAAUCGGUUUGUCCGAACAAGGGGAAUCCGAGCAGGAGAUCUUGACAUUCGAGACCAAGAACCCAGUGGAGCUUGCCGAGCGCCUGCGAGCCGUCUGCGGAAACCAGAGCAACGCUUACACCAGACUUUUGGAGUACCGUCUCAAUGCUCUGCGCGGACUGUGGGGGGCGCAGCGACAGCUGGCCCUGGAGGAGCAGCAGGAGCAUGACGGGGUCCUCCCAGGGAGCACCGCAGGGGCCGACGAGGAGACGCUGGCCCUGCUUAAGCGACAGGGCUUCCUGCAACCUCAACAUCACCACCAUCCUCACCACACUCCGAUGGCCGCCGGCACCGAUCAGGCGCCGUUUACCUCACGCGUCGGCCUCCUGUUGGUCUUUCCACUACUGCAGUCGCAAACUCGGCACGACCCUGCGCUCUGCGGCGUCACCGCUGAGGUCCUGCUCGCGUGUCUGCGCGACUGCCAGCCGCUCAGCCUGGGCAAGGAGCCUGCAGACUGCCUUAAUGGCCUGGAGAGGUUGCUUUGCUCCUGGCUGGAGGAGAGGAGUGAGCCGGAGGGAACGGCACAGGCGAGACCACUGCUCACCCAACAGCAGAGGCAGAAUGCAGCAGCUGCUCUAGUGGCUCUAUCAUGUGCAAGGGGUUCCCUCAAAACGUUCAUUCACACUGUCCACCUGCUGCAGAAACAGACAGACCUGGGUCAGCUUCCAGUGGCUGAUGUUCUCUACAGACUGCUGCUUCUUGAGGGAGGUCCAGGCUCACCGUCCUGCUUGUUAGGAGGGAAGCACAGUGUUUCGUGGGGCUUUGAGGACAUGCUGCCCACGCCAGAGAGCAGCGCCGCUGGAGCAGAGAGCAAAGACUCAGACCUGGGCCGCAGCCUGGCUACAGAUGGUUUCUAUCUCUACACGACAAACUCUUUUGGGAAGGGCUUAAGCAAGCUGGGCUCGGGGCAGCAUGGGACGCUGAGGGGUUUUGUGUACUGUCGGAACGAGGAACUGGAGGCGGGGUGGUUGGCGCACAGCAGUGGCUUUUUGCUCCACCGUCCAGCCUCUUUUGACACCAAAUCUCAUCAGCUGUGCCACGUCAUCGACCCCUUCACACUGCAGGUUUCGCAAGUGGUAGCGAUGCCGCUUCAUCACUUCCCAGUGGGCAGCAGCUUGACCAGCCUGCGUCUGUGUUCUGAUGGUACCUACCUCUACUGGGUUUGGUCACCUGUCAGCAUCAACGAGAAAACCCAGAAAGGCCACUCUGUCUUCAUGGAUGUCUUCCAGCUAACGACUGAGUUGGGUCUAUGUGUGGCCAGUCCUAUACAGGAUCGGGUAAUCCUGUCACGAAAGGAAGGCGAGUCAUCGAAGUGUUUGAAUGAGCUGCUCCUGAGCCGUAUGUCCCGCUUUCGUGCCUCGCACUCGUCCACGCUGGCUGCUCUCACCGGCUCCGCCAUCACCAACCCCGUCAAAGAGGAGCAGUCAGUUGUCAACACAAGCUGUGGUCUGUCUAUAAAAGCACUGAGGAAGACGCCGAUGUACAUGUGUGGGACGUAUCUGGUGAUGCUGGCACCCGCUCCAGGUGUAGCUGGGAGCUCGGCCACCCGCUCACUGUUCGGUGGCUCCAGUGGCCUUUCUUCCCUCAAGAGGGCCUGUUAUGAUGCACUUAACAAUUUAAUCUGGACGUGCUCCAGCGACUACAUGGACCAGUGGUGUAAUCCUGGGAAUCAGGCCUUCCAUCAUGUGUGCCAGCGACUGGGCGUCAGUCACGUCAUCAGUCAGCCUAAAGAAGAGAUGAUAGGCACAUCCAAAGUGAUAAACCAGCUGCUCCAUCAUGUUGGCGCCAUGUGCAUCCAUCAGCUCAACCUGCUGGCAGCCAGCAGUAAUCUGCACCUGGGACCCUUCAUAGGAAAGCAGCCCAUGGAGGCCUGCCACUUCAGCUCCAUAUGUGACGUCAUGGAGAAGGCCAUGGUUAACGGAGACACCUGCAUCAUCCGCUGCAUUCUGGUCGUCUUUCAGGUUGUGUUCCAGUUUUUUAAUCUAAAUGCAGAGCAGAACCGAGACUGUGUGAAGCGUUCUGGACUGUUGCUGUGGCAGUUACUCAUGGCUCCUCACGAUCAGAUAGAGCCGGAAAUACAAAGAGAAGUGUGUCUCGCCAUCAGCUCAGGUUUAAACACCUUGUACCAGAGCGAAUUGGAGUUGAACAACCUGCUCAAAUUUGUUUUCACAGAGGGGGAGAAGAACAGUGGUUUGUCUCAAUUGCGUGAUGUUAUAUUAAACAACCUUGCCAACCAGUUACAGAAGAACCGCUUUGGUAGUGAGGAUGAUGACCACUACAGGCUGAAAGAUGAACUGUUGCAGUGUAUCUUGAAGACCGUAGUGCGUGAGUCAUGUCUGCUCAUCACCAAAUGUCAAACCGUUUCCAAGGAAGACCUUCAGAAGCUUCUCUCCACUGUACCUGCAGCGUCACCAAGCUUGCGUUAUUUAAUGGCUGUGCAGAACCAUUUGCUCAGCAACACCAUCCUGCUCCACCCGGAUGACAUUGAUGAUAGUGACAGCUCCCUACAAGGGGAAACAAUGAAGGUACAGGAGCUGCAGACCAGCAUCCUCUCACUAGCCUCUAAGAUCCUGGUUGGAUGUGAUGAGGUUCUGGAGACGCUUCAGCAAGUUACCAGCUCCCUCAUCAACAGCAGCAUCAGCGAUCGAGAGGCCAGACUGAGAGGACUUGAACAGGUGACGAAGGCCACGAUGUUGGGUCACUUGUUGCCGGUCCUGUUGACGUCACUGAUGCACCCAAACCUACAAACCCUCACGCUCGCUGACGCUCUCAUGCCACAGCUGGUCCAGCUGGUCCUCUAUACUAGUCAGACUGCUUUGCUGUUAAAGACACAUUCACCAUUAUUUGUUGAGGAUUCGCCGCUAAAUCAAAGCCCCAAUCCACCCUCGUUAAAUGACAGUUUCCAGAUUUUGGAAGAGAGAGAGGAGCCAGGCUUUCUGACCGGCCUGAAGAUCCCUGCCCCAUGGGCUGCUGGGAAAACAGUGGAAACUGUUCAUCCGGUGCGAGAUAACUUCAAGUUUAAAGAAACAGUGCACAUCCCUGGAGCUCGGUGUCUCUACCUCCGCUUCGACCCUCGCUGCUCCUCACAAUACGACUAUGACAAGCUGGUGAUUUACGCUGGGCCAAACACAAAUAGUCGUAAGGUGAGUGAGUAUGGAGGAAACACCAUGGGUUACGGUAGCCGCAGCGUCUUAGGAACCGGAUGGCCCAAAGAUCUGGUCAAGGUGGAAGGAGAUACUGUGACGUUCUCUUUUGAGAUGAGAAGCGGACGCGAGCACAACACCCCAGAUAAAGCCAUGUGGGGUUUCUCAUGCACUGUCCGAGCGCAGGAGUCGUCUGAGGAUGUGUCCGGCGGGCUGCCCUUCCUGGCUGAUCUAGCGCUGGGUUUAUCUGUGCUGGCCUGCGCCAUGUUACGCAUCCUCUAUAACGGCCCCUAUAUCACACGAGAGGAGGAGGCCUGCCACGACCUGCUCUGCUCCAAACUACUGCAGAGGUGUCAGUGGCAGGUGGAGGCUAAUGGUGCGAUCUCUCCUGCCCUCACGCCGUCUCCGUCUCCUCUGCCUCUCACCAUUGAUGAGGAGCGAGAGUUCACCUAUCCUUCAGACGUCCUCAUGCCGGGGGCUUGCUGUGAGCUCCCCCGCAUCCACUUACCCCCGGGCAUUAUGGGCCGCCUGAGGGAGCUGUCUGGGAGAGGCCGGCCUCAGUUUCGCCCCAGCAUCAAUGUAGCUGAACUGGAGCAGAAGUGGCAGAAUGAAGCAGAAGAAGCUCAGCAGGGCAAACUGGAGAACAACUCUCCCUUCUUCCACGACUAUCACUUCUUUGAGAACAAAAUGAAGGAGCUGGAGCUUCUGUGUUCACUGAAGGAGGUUCCUCUGGACUGCACGGAUCCAGAAAACGCUGUGAUGGCUCUGAGAGAGAAGUUUUUCCAUGAGGUGAACUCCACGCAGCAGCAGAGAAGCUCCGUCUCGCUGGUGAAAACUAAAGCGCUGGUGAAGAGCCUGAUCAACCGCUCGGAGCUGCUGCUGCAUGUUACCAUCGCACCGCAGUGCAAGA